AUGUUGCGAAAGACAGACUACAAUGGUAACACUACGGUUAUUACCAGUUCAUUUGCACAGUCUGGGCGACCUGCUAUUACCCAUAUUGGAGACUACUAUUACGUGCUUGAUUCAUCUCAAUCCAUUAUUCGAAAAUAUGAUAAAGCGACCGAUACCGUUGUUCAAAAUAUCACAGUUUAUGGUGGGGCAACUGAAAUAAUUGGCACUAACGGUAAGUGUAUUAUUGGAAUCAUGGUAUUAUACCAGACAUGUCUCCCAAAUUACUGUCAUUAAACGUUUAUAUUAAAGCCUUGAUGCCGCGUGCGAUAAAUCGCGUACCUACAUACUGGAGGUACGCAAAUUGGCGCUUAGCGGACUGCAGACUACAGGCAGGAGCAUGCUAGAAAACUAGCUCGAGUUACAUGAUUACUUUGAACUCACCGCAGCCAACUACGCACGUGAGUUGGAAUGUUCUUUUUUGUAGUGCCGACUGCAUGCGGUAGGAUUUGCAUCGAAUUCAUGGAAUUUUGAUUUUGUAGAUGAGGUUUUGUAAAUUUCGACGAGAUAUUAUUCCUAAUUGGUACUGAAAAAUAGACUAGAAAGGCAUGUAGUAAAACACUGACUACCGGAACACCGGAACACCACCGGAACACCACCGGAACACCACCGGAACACCGGAACACCACCAUUUUGUUUGGGGUUAGGGUUAGGAUUAGGGUUUGGGGUUAGGAUUAGGGUUAGGGUUGGGGGUUAGGGUUGGGGUUAGGGUUAGGUGGUGUUGCGGUGUUCCGGUGGUGUUCCGGUAGUCAGUGUUUUACUACAUGCCGACUAGAAAAGCCUUCAUACCGAAGCUGUAGUUGUGUUGUUCUUUUUUAAACUGUUGCCCCGCGCGGGAGACGACAUGCGUACUCUACCAAUGUCCAAAUAUUCAAGCGUAUUCUCUGCUCAACUAACUUAAAGUGGCCAAUAUUACGGUCUAUUGCUUCUUUCAUUUCAGCCAAGUGGCACGCACAUAUUGUAGUACACUGUUUUUUUCUGAUAAUAUACCUUCAACGUAAACUCGUUUAACAUACAUUUUUUUCUUACUAGACUUGGACGAGUGUACCGAAGAUCCCUGUGAUCCACUGGCGGACUGUACAAAUUUUAUUGCCGGAUAUUCUUGUGUUUGCCGGUUUGGUUACACUGGAAAUGGAAGUGUCUGUAACG